UGACUCAUCCCUCUAUAUUCUGGGUAUGACGCCACGUGUUAUCACUCACCACUUACCCUCCGACAUUGCAAAGGGAAGGUUGCUAGCUCCUGCUAACCUAAUCCUAUCUCAGAGAAUUGCGGGUUUGUUCCCUUGAACAUGGCCCGCGGAUGCCUGGCAGUGGUGAUGGUGGUGGUGGUGGUGUGCGUGUGUCUAGACCCCACCCCCGCUGGAGCCUUCGACUUCUCCAGCUUCCUAUCCAGCAGUGCCAACAUUGUCAUCAAGCACCUAUACGUGGAAAGGGAAAUCAACCUGCUCGACCACUACUGUGUCUUGAACCGCAGUCCUCACAUCUACAGCUGGAAAUUGAAGUUUGAGGCGACUGUUACCUGCCCCGGAUGGACACCCGAGAAAGGAGAAGUGAGGGGCUACUCCAGCCCCACAUCAGCCGAGCGAGAAGCCACCAGGGACUUUGUGAAGAAGAUUGUAAGGCGAGGACUGGUGACAAGGGAGGAGGCGAGUGAGUGGCUGUGAGGUGCAUGUGGCGCCACGCACAAACACACACACACAGGUUCUUGAAUGCAUUACCUCAAUAGCCACUUAACACAUUAGGAUAUGAGGGAAGGAGCAAGAAGCCAGCUGGCCUAUACAUUUACACAUUUAAAUGGAUCUCAAAUCAUAUAAGAAUAGAACAAAUGGUUAAUAAUCUUUUUUCCAUAUAAUUAUUGUUUUCCUUAUUAUUACUGAUGUAGGAAAAAUAAACAUAUACAAACACA